CGUGUGCGUGCUGCGUGCUGCUACUAUAUAUAAAUUGCAAGCAAGCUAGGCAGGCAGGCUAGCCCAGCGCUCGGCCCUCGGCUCCUUAAGGCUUCAUCUUCUCAAGUUCCGGCCGUCCAUCGCCGCCGCCGGCCUCGGCCGGCUCAGUUCCUGCCUGCCAGCCAAAAAUUCCACACCACCCACCCAGAGACUGAGGCGCGCGGUGGUGAAGACGUGAUCGAAAGUCGAAACCAAAACGAUAUAUAGAUGGGGCGCGGGCGCGGCAAGGUGGAGGUGCGUCGCAUCGAGAACAGCGUGAGCCGGCAGGUGACCUUCUCGAAGCGGCGGCGCGGGCUGGCGAAGAAGGCGCGGGAGCUGGCCGUGCUCUGCGACGCCGACGUCGCGCUGCUCGUCUUCUCCGACAAGGGCAGGCUCCACGACUUCGCCGCGCACGGCAGCAUGGAGCGAAUCCUUGGCCGAUACGAGAGGUACUUGCUAUGUGAAGAUAGGGACGAUGUAACCCAAGACUACCCUGAAGAAUCGCAGGGGAACAUGAGCUAUGACCACAUCAAGUUGAGGUCCAAACUCGAAGCUAUAAAGAAGAGCCAAAGGAAUCUCAUGGGGGAGCAGCUCGAGUCCCUGACGUUCAGAGAGGUACAGCAGCUUGAGCACCGGAUAGACAGCGCUCUGAGGAACGUCAGAUCCAGGAAGGAAACUUUUCUGAUGGAACAAAAUGGCAUUCUAGAGAAGGAGAAGGCUGCAGUGGGGGCAUCAUCAUCCCUGCACACCACCACCAGCACCGCAGCAGCUUCUUCCACGGCAGCGGCGGCGGCGGCCCUUCCAAACCUGAACAUCUGUCCCGACGACUCCGACGAGCCAGGAAUGGCGGCGGCGGCGGGGAUCAGGUUGCCGUGGUGGAUGCUCCAGCCAUCUGCCGUCAGCCAACGGCAGGAACAGCACUGAACUGCUUGUCUUCUCAGAUGAUCCACGCUGCUUGUUCCAGCUCGAUUCUAGUUUCUAUUAGAACUCGAUUCAGCUAAGGCGGGAAUUUGUGAUCUUUCUAUUGAUCUGCCGUUCUUAUUGGUUGCUAGAUCGAUUUUAUCCUUGUCCUUCUUAGUAUCUGAACCUCUGCUGUGUCGUUUGUCGUAGUUCUUGGUCGCAAAAGCUCCGGUUUGCGUCUCUAGUUUGGUUUGGUUCCUGUAAAAUCUGCUGUUGUCCUUCAAUGAGCUGUGCAGGCCAGUUAGAUGAUUACUUCCACUAA